GACCUUUUGAACAAGUGAAUGAUAGGACAACAAAAUCAUCGAAGAAGCAUCUAUUUGCGAUCUAUCAUUACAGAGAACCGUUAAUAUCUUUUUUUGAUAGAAAGGGAGUACGGCACCCAAACUUAUCAGCCGACUAGAAUACGGGCUGAAACAGCUUAACUUCGGUUGCAAACAACACACUACCGGAAAUUGUAUCCAUGGUCGAAUCGAAUUAUGCCAAUUAGAUCUGUCUCCCCCAAACAGAGUUCCAUUUCACGCGCAAUGAGCAGAACUGAACCAUUUAUAAUAUACCGGUCGUCGAGAAUGGGUCGCUCGCGAUUGUUGGUAGCGGCAGUUGUCCUAUGCACCCUCAACUAUUGCUUUCAAUGUGUAUCAUCCUUGUCGUUCAAUACGGCUCCAGUCUUUUCGUCAAAAUUAAAUGGCGAAACUUCAUAUUCUCCUGCGGCGCUAACGGCUAAUGGGGAAUCUAUUGCUGAAAACGAUGUUACCGACCGAUUAGAUCAAGAUCGAAGCCCAAACGAGUUAUCGGCUUGGUCGGGAACGGCUGGCGAUACAGCGCUCCGUCAAGUCCAGUUCCUGGCUGCGAGAGUUUCGGAAUCUACGGAGACGUCGGUCGAAAAGCACGAUGGAGACUCGAUGCUAUCGUCACUGGCGGCGAGGGUCGUGGAACGGAUCCCGGGGAGUCCCAGCUCAAAGAGACGGUCCAAUAAAGGUGUCUUUGACAAUUCCCAAUAUAAUCAAUACAAAAAAGGAAACGAGGCCCCCGUCAAUACACCGCAACGGAAGAAUACACGGUCUAAGGUCAGCUCCAAUUCGAAACGAAAUGAACAGGUGUGGGCGGCCCUAUCCAAUCUGGAACAGGAUAUGCAGCUUCUGGAUAAUUUAGCGGGGCAAAAACCGCAGCUAACAGCCCUCGAGUUGAUUAUGUUGUCCGCCUCGGUCACAGCAGCUUCUUCGAGUCCUUGGAUUAUGGGCGGAAAGUUGACCGAGGUUCUUCCCCCUACAGCUGCAGCAUGUAAGUAGUUUGUUGAACUUCGGACAAGAAGGGGACACUUGGUAAUAUUGCCGUAGGUGCCUGUCACAUGCAAGAACACUUUCUCUCGACUGAAUCCAUAGAAUUUUUAUUUUAUCUUUUAUUUUUAUCUACCUGUAUUCCCUCACAAUGAUCAUUCUUGCAUUUCUGGUGGACUAUGGAAUACAAUGUGCUGGGUGCCGAUUUGCAGUCUCCGCUGCCAUAGGAAUUGGCGCUGAAUAUGUUGGUCGGGUUGCUGUAGCUGACGGAAAGGAGGUUGCUGCUGCCACCAUCAUCUGUGCCAGUGAAGCGGAGGGAUUUUUGGCAAAUGCCGAACGCGCCAAAGCGAUUACGCCCCUUUGCGUCGGUUUGAGUGCCACUGCUACCACCCUGAGUCUGCUGGUUCCGGUCCUUUUGAAUAAUACACCUGCGUCAUCAAUAUUGAACGAAUUUUAUCUCGCCUGCCCAUUGGUAAGUGUGCUGAGUGCAGCUGUUGCGGCCCUGGCGCUCCAGGAUACAAAAGUAUUUUGCAAUCAAGCGACGUCCGUGGGAAAUCGGCGUUUCGCUAAGAGUGGCUUAGUCGGCAGAACCUGGAAAUCAACAUCUGAACAGAUUACUGGAAAGACAAACAACGUUCGCAUCAAAUGGCGGUCCUUCAUUUUUAGUGUCUUACCGGCACCAAUUCUGGGGGCACUGGUUCCCGGGGCUACGCUGGCGACGAAAUCAGUCAUCGUUACAGCCCUAGCAGCUGCGCAAGUGGCCUAUACGCUGGCGGAAGCCGAAUUUUGUCUCGCUCGGGCGACCGAUGCCGUAGCGAUCAAAGCAAGAAGCGCUGCUGUCUGUGAUACAUACGCGAAUCAGGGUGCCCGAUCGGCAGCGAUUUUACCGUUUACGUCGGCACUGAGCGGACUCUGUGCCGCAGCAACGGCGGCCAUCGUAGAAUUGCCAUUUUUGGAAACCCUUAGUGCUAGCGGAACUGUUGCGUCACUGACUGGGGAGAUGGCAAUUGUCGGAGUCCUUCCCCUUUUUUCGACGCUCUUUGCGGCGGCAGCCUCCGUGUCAAAAGCAAGGUGCGAGGUCGACGCCGAGGCAGCCGUCCAGGCAGCGUCGACGCUAGCUCUAGAGUACAGCUCAAACGAAGACGAGGAUCCGAUAUUGCGUCCUUUUCGGGGCGUUGCCGAGUUGAUUCGACUGGUGUCCACGAGCACGCUUGAACCAUACCAACGGUUUUAUCGAAGAUUUCGGUUUUCGAUGAGCAGGAGCUGGAACAAAUUUAAGAAUAUUUUUCGGCUCUUUUCAAGGAGAAAACGUGGAGGGAGCGACGAGACCAGCAACGCCAGUGAUAGUGGCGAAGAAGGUCCUGUUCCCGCUUUAGCAUGAGAUGUAUAUUAUACUUCGGACAAUACAACCGACAAUAAUUAAGCAAAACAUUU